AUGCGUUUCCUCAGCGGUCUGGUCUUCUCUUUACUGGCCGCGCCCUUGGUGGAUGCAGUGGCCCCCAAGAAGCCUGGCAUCCCUAAGCCUAAGUUGAAGCAUCCCUUGUCGGAAAAGGACUAUGGGCAGGCGACUUUCCAGCAGUUGCUCGAUCACAAGAACCCCAGCCUGGGUACUUUCUCGCAACGCUACUGGUAUAGCACGGAGAAUUGGAAUGGACCGGGCUCACCUGUGGUGCUCAUGACCCCCGGUGAAGUAGCUAUGGAUGGCUAUGAGGGUUAUCUGACCAACCGGACGCUUACGGGUCUGUUUGCUCAGGCGAUUGAAGGAGCCGUCAUUCUGAUUGAACACCGCUACUGGGGUCAAUCUUCUCCUUAUAUCGAGCUUACUGCGGAGACUCUGCAGUAUCUCACUCUGGAGAACUCGAUUGCGGACCUGACCUACUUUGCGAAGAAUGUCAAGCUUCCUUUCGACGAGUCUGGAAGCACCAACGCCCAACACGCGCCAUGGGUUCUGGCUGGUGGAUCGUACAGUGGUGCCUUGUCUGCGUGGACUGCAUCAACUGCUCCAGGUACCUUCUGGGCAUAUUAUGCAACCAGCGCACCCGUCGAAGCAAUCUACAACUACUGGCAAUACUUUGUCCCGGUCCAGGAAGGUAUGCCCAAGAACUGCAGCAAGGAUAUCUCCAGGGUAGUCGAUUAUCUCGACUCCGUCAACGCCUCGGGAGACAAGCAAAAGCUUCAGAAGCUGUACGAGCUCUUCGGUCUCGACGACAUCGACUCGUUCGACGACUUUGCUGGUGCCCUGGAAAACGGUCCUUGGUUGUGGCAAGAAAACCAGUUCGACACUGGAUACUCUGAAUUUUACCAGUUCUGUGACUACAUUGAAGGCGUGCGACCCGGAGCUAGCAAAGUCCCAGGCGCUGAGGGAGUGGGCCUUAAACAGGCUCUCCAGGGCUAUGUGAAGUGGUUCCGAAACGUCUAUCUCCCCAAUGCAUGCACCGGUUACGGUUUCCCUGAAAACAGCACGGAGUGCCUGAACACGCGCAACACAUCCAGCAUUCUCUACACGGAGACCUCCGUCAACAGCACAGUGGUCGCUACCAACGAUCGUCAGUGGCAGUGGUUCCUUUGCAACGAGCCCUUCUUCUACUGGCAGGAUGGCGCCCCAUCCGGCGUCCCUAGCCUGGUUUCUCGGACCGUGUCCGCAGACUACUACCAGCGCCAAUGCCCGUUGUACUUCCCUACCGUGAACGGCCAUACCUACGGCAGCGCCAAGGGCAAGACUGCCGCCGAUGUCAACAAGUGGACUAAGGGCUGGGACCUCACUCACACCACCCGGCUGACUUGGACUAACGGACAAUUCGACCCCUGGAGGACGUCGGGUGUGUCCUCCGGAUUCCGCCCCGGUGGCCCUCUGCAGUCCACCCCCGAAGCCCCUGUCAACAUUAUUCCCGCUGGAAUCCACUGCUCUGACUUGUCGGCUGAGAACGGGCUUGUCAAUGCCGGUGUCCAGAAGGUAAUUGAUACCGAGGUGGCCCAGAUCAAGACCUGGGUUGCCGAGUACUAUAAGCAGUAA